AUGUCGUGGUUAGAUUGCGCUGAUAACCUUUUUCAAGACUUUGAUAAUAAAGAUGCAAUUAUACAACGUAUUAAAGACUUGUCAAUCAGUAGAAAUACUAUUAAAGAUAGAAUACUAAGUAUGAAUUCUAAUAUUGAAAAUCAAUUAAUACACGAUUUAAACCUAAGUUCAUUUUUUUCUAUUUGCAUCGAUGAGAGUACAGAUAUAACAUCGUCUGCCCGUCUUUCAAUAAUUUCUCGUUUCUGUAUUAACGAUGAAGUUCGUGAAGAACUUAUAAAAUUAGCACCUAUACCAGCUAAGACUACCGGUGAAAAUAUAUGUGAAGUUGUUGUAAAUGUCCUUGAAGAUAUUGGAUUAAAUUUAUCUAAAAUUGUAUCAGUAACUACCGAUGGCGCCCCUUGUAUGAUUGGAAAAGACCGUGGUUUUGUUAACCUUUUUUCAAAAAAAAUUGGACAUCCUUUAAUUGGUUUUCAUUGUAUAAUUCAUCAUUAA